UCGCCACACAUUUUGACAUUGAUACUGUAGAAAGAAGAUUUGGAAUCGGAGAAACAAAGACAAAAGAUGGUAGAGAAGAGUCAUGCUCCUUUGUUUGAAACGAAGUCAGCCAAGAACCUCUUCAUCUUCAGAUCGUACGCACUGUCCGUCUUCGUCGGCAUCGUCUUCAUCUUCUGCUACCGAGUUCAUCGCUUGCCGGAGCCAAACACGGCUGCGAAGUGGGCUUGGCUUGGAGCUUUCUUGUCCGAGCUCUGGUUCGCUUUUUACUGGUUCAUCACGGUGGUCGUGAGAUGGAACCCCGUGCAUCGCCGCACCUUCAAGGACAGGCUUUCUCGGAGAUACGAGAAGGUUUUGCCGGGGAUUGACAUAUUUGUUUGCACGGCAGAUCCCGUGAUUGAGCCACCGACCAUGGUGAUCAACACUGCCUUAUCGGUCAUGGCGUACAAUUAUCCGCCGGAGAAGAUGAGCGUCUAUCUCUCCGACGACGGCUGUUCCGACCUUACUUUCUACGCAUUGCUCGAAGCUUCUCAGUUCUCCAAGAAAUGGCUUCCCUUCUGCAGGAAGUUUAAUGUCGAACCAAGGUCGCCGGAGGCCUAUUUCGAAAGCGCCGUCAAAUCUCUAGACGAUUCUCUCAAGCGCCAGGAGUGGCUGUCAGUGAAGAACUUAUACGAAGACAUGAGGCAACGGAUCGAAGCAAUGGCGGAGCUGGGAAGUGUUCCAGACGACAUUCGGAAGCAGCACAAAGGAUUUCUCGAAUGGCACUCCGUCUCCAGCAGAAGAGAUCAUCAAACGAUUCUUCAAAUACUAAUUGAUGGGACAGACCCUACGGCUGUGGACGACGAAGGACAACCUCUUCCAACUCUAGUGUACCUAGCAAGAGAAAAGAGACCACAAUACCACCACAAUUUUAAAGCAGGAGCGAUGAAUGCAAUGAUUAGGGUCUCGUCGAAGAUCAGCAACGCGCCCAUCAUCCUUAACGUGGACUGUGACGUGUACUCAAACAACUCGGACUCGGUGAGAGACGCCCUUUGCUUCUUCCUGGAUGAGGAGAAUGGUCAUGACAUUGCUUACAUACAGUAUCCACAGAAUUUCGAUAACCUCACAGAGAAUGACUUAUACAGCAGUUCCUUGGGGCUAAUCAAUCACGUGGAGUUUCAUGGACUAGACGGCAAUGGCGGGCCUAUGUACAUUGGCACCGGGUGCUUUCACCGCAGAGAGGCACUGUCCGGGAGAAAGUAUACGCCAGAAGGCAAGACGGAAUCCUCGAAGAUGGACUGCCACGACCAGAAACGAGUCAGCGCCGGUGUUUUAGAGGAAACAUGCAUUACCCUGGCUGAUUGUGCAUAUGAAGAGAACACUGAUUGGGGAAAGGAGAUGGGUUUGAAGUAUGGAUGCGCGGUGGAAGACGUGCUUACCGGUUUAUCAAUUCAAUGCCGAGGUUGGAGAUCGGUCUAUUUCAAACCGGAAAGGAAGGGCUUCCUGGGAGUCGCUCCCACAACAUUGUUGCAGUCCCUAGUCCAACAUAAGCGAUGGUCCGGGGGCGAUUUCCAGAUCACCCUUUCGAGGCACUGUCCUUUUGUGUAUGGACACCGCAAGAUCCCUCUGAAGCUUCAAUUGUGCUACUGCAACUACUUGCUGUGGGCUGCGAAUUCCUUGCCGAGUCUGUACUAUGUGACCGUCCCAUCCCUCUGUCUCGUCCGAGGCAUCUCCUUAUUCCCCAAGGUGUCGAGUCUUUGGGGUUUACCCUUCAUGUAUGUCGUCAUUGCGACUAUGGCAUACAGCGCUGGAGAAUUCAUGUGGACGUGCAGAAGCACGCUACGAGGAUGGUGGAAUGACCAAAGAAUGGGGUUGUACCGGAGAACAACUUCCCAUUUUUUUGGCUUCUUGGACACCAUCCUGGGGCUGCUCGGUGUCGCCAAGACUGCCUUCAUCAUCACGGAGAAAGUGGCGGCCGACGACAUCUCGAAGAGGUACAAGCAAGAGCUCAUGGAGUUCGGCACACCCUCACCCAUGUUCACGAUUCUAACGACCAUCGCCCUGAUCAACGCAUCGUGCUUAAUCAGCACGACAAUAAGGUUUGUGAUGCACGGCCAGGCUCUAGACCAGCUCGCCAUGCAGAUUGGCUGGUGCGGUUCGCUGGUCUAUAUAAACCUGCCUUUAUACAACGGGCUUUUCUUCCGAAUAGACGAGGGGAGAAUGCCCGCCUCGGUGACGUAUAAGUCCGCCAUAUUUGCUCUACUGGCUUUUGCCCUAGCCUGGGUGUGAUCUACCAUUUCAUUAUGCUUGCUCGAAGCUACUGUAACAUCAUGAAUAACCAGAUCAUGUCCUAGUACACGAUAUUAAGUUGGAGAUAAUGAGGAUUUAUUGCUCCCAUUAUUGG